ACUAAUCCUUCCAUGCUCACCUCUCAACUCAUUAAGUGAUCAUGAACGCCGAAACUCCCCCAAAACGUCCAUUACAUAUAUUAUUCUAUUGCCCAAAUGAUCUCAAACAGUGCCGCUUAUGCUCAAUUCGCGAAUCUCCUGUAAAACUUGUUCCACGCGACUAUCAAGAUGUCCUUGAGCGUAUUGCUCUCUUGUAUCUGCAUCCAAGUAUUGUUGAACCUGAGCCAUACGGGAAUAUGCUUCGGCACAGAAACGAAGUUGAAUCUUGACUAAAGCUUCAAAACUUGGAUCUAGGUACGGUACUCGGAGGUCGAUUAGUUGUGGGAGUUCAGUGAAGAGUUGCUCGUUGAGUUGUUCAUAUGCUGCUUUGGCCAUUUCCUGUUCCUUUUCGGCGCGAGGAAGCUUGCUAACGUCCUUGUCCGGUUUCUCUACAAGCUUCUUGACCUUAGCUCUCAUAGCAUCGUAAUCCAAAAGUUUGUGGUUUCGCUUUUUGAUGCCUGGGAUUGUUAGUCUAAGAGCUCAAGGAUGAUAAUUCGUCAGAGGAGGUCCCAUACAUUCAUUGAUAUCAGGGAAGUAUGCGCAAAAUCUGGAAAUUGGUUCUAGAACCGUGGUACUGAAUUAUGUUAGUGGUGCAACUACAAAGGUUCCCUCCAACACUAACCGAUAUGGACCAUCAAGCGCCUUGAUCGUCUCGGCAUCCAAGUCCUCUACAGCUUGUUUGUAACUUCUGCUAACACCAUCUUUUGCACCAGCAUCUCCGUAGAAGGCGUCGAUCGUUUCUGCGAUUCGCAUCUGUGAGGCCGUCAUGGCUGCGCGGAUCAGCGCGGAACUAUCCAAUGUGUACAUCUUGCUACCCACCACGUAGAGAAUCCAAAUAACCUUUCGCCUCCUUCUGCAAUCGCAUCGAUGCUGCUUCCAUUGUUCGAUAUCGCCUGAGCGGUCAUGAGAAUGUGGUCUGGAAGCUCGCAUACGCCGGAAUUCCCUACCUCUCCUCUACUUCAUAAUCUCGGUCGUUGGUCUUCUCGACAUGGCCUAAAAUAUAUCAGACUACUAUUCAUAUUCAGUAAUCUUAGAGAGCAUUGCAUACCAGUCUUCAUCAUAACCUGCGUCGUCGCGCGGUUGAUAUUCUUUUUGAAUCCUACGAUCUUCCGUCAGCGCAUUGCACCCGGCGGGCGGUUCUCUUGAUUGCGUACCCUGCCACGACAUGAUGGCGGUUCUCUUCUGGGAGUGUUGGGCGUAUGAAGAACUCGUGGAGAAAUCAAGUAGCGUCAAAAGGAUGUACUCUGGUGGAAAGGUCGGUGGUAAAAUAUGAGAUUGUUGAUGAGAAAGUUGGAAGUUGCACUGCAAAGGCGUGCCUACGUCGUCUGUGGCUGAGCUGCCCCAAAGCGGGCGCUAAACCCCGCCAUCAUCGAAAUUUACUGGGGCUCACUUUUUUCGUCUGAUCUGAACAUACAAAACAUUCACAUUUCCCAAACACCAUCACCACAACCCCCUUUCCUGCUACACAAAGACCGUAUACUUCCCAAAAUGCCAUCCCGCGGUAACCCUAAUGUGCCAAACAAGCAACGGCGCACUGCGAGCCGAUCCAAAGUUCAAUCCAAGAACGCCAAAAACAAGAUCACCAAGAAUCCACGAGGUACUGCGCGAAGCAAUGUCCUUCACCCUACGAGUGGUCCGCUAGCACCCGUCUCCGGAAAGAAGGCGAGAAAGCUGGAGAAGGCGCAGAACAAUGCGCGUCGAAGAGCCCUGGAGAAAGCUUUGCAAGAAGGAGAAGUUCAGAUGACGGGUAAGUUAUAUUAUCUUGAGUCUUCUCCAUGAAUAACCCAUUAACAAAGCAUCAGAUGCGCCAACUACGACCAAAUCUAAACAGACUGUUGCUAAGGCGGAUAAGAUGGAGGUUGACGAUGUCCAGUGAUUAUUUCGAGAGGAUCAGCACCUUGACGGGGGGCUUCCCGGGCGAGCAUAAACCCAAAAAGAGCUGCCUCCAAAGAUAAAGGAAGUGGCUAGCUUUGAGUUGGCAAUGUAUAGAAAAGGCAAAACAAUUCUACGGCGUUGGGGGACGGGAACGGGCAGGGAAAAUGUUACAGUUUGGCGUCUUUGUUUUGAAAAAAUACCCAGAAAUACGAUCAUAAUGGCACGCACCAGCGAACAUUUCGCUCCAAAAUCUAUACCAUACCUCGAAUCCAUUUCCUCCUUCCAAGAAAGCCUUUUCAAGAAAGCCAAAAGUACUGGCCUGGUUCAGCGACCGAGUGAGCUACCACAGUCAGAAUCACAUCUGAAUUUCGCUCAAUCUGUUCAGGAUUUUUCUAGAUGGCUCGCUACGAGGUCGGUUGUAAUUAUUUUUACAUUACAAAGCGUACCAAGUUAUGGCUCCGGACCAGCAGUGCCAGUCCGUAGUUCCUUGAAGACCUUUGCAGCUCCAGCAUUUCUGCUCAUGACGCUCUCUGACGCCAGGUAGUUUCAGAGGGUAGAAGCUUUCUUGAUCGAUCUAUCUUAAUGAUUGGAAGCAUUUUAGAUUCGUAGCGACUUGUUCCUUACCAUGCGGGCCUUCUCGCUAUUCGUCUCGCCCCUGUUUUUAUAACAGCUCGAGGAACUUUGAACUCUUUUGAAGGCUGUUGUCAUGAUACUGAGUGUAAAUCCUGUUUGUGAAAUCAAUGGCCUUUUUUGACAAAAUUGCAUGACCUGGCGAACAAGUCAGUAUUUUACAGCCUUUUCAUUGAAAAUACAGCCAAUAGUUUUGCUCUUGCAAAAAUCCUUUUCAUUUCAAUGCGCGGGUAAUGAUGCAUAUUUCGGUUGGUUCUCUCGCCUAUGACUAGGUCAUCGAUUACAGAUUGCGUGGUCGGAAUGGCGCACGCUUGUCAGGUUGUAAUGAGUUAGCAGUCAGGCGUAAUUGAAGGGUAUCUCCGAAUUACUCGGUUUAGAAAUUUUGAGGACCACUUUAAUUGCGGCUCAGAGGCUCAGUUCUCGGGGACGCGUCAGAUUCGCCCAGUCGCUUCUUAGUAAUCAGUGAAAAU